ACCGGAAUCCCCCCCUCCUUCCCUCCAAGCCUCUAGGCCAUAACCAGUCGCGCCGCCGCCGCGGUCGAGGGGCUAGUCUGCGCCGGCGACCACCGGAGAGGAGGAGGGAGGCGCGCGCGCCCGGGACGUUCUCGAGCCGUACGCCGACGCCGGUGGCCACUCCGGAAAAGGGUUGCACAGACUGAUUUUGAGAGCACUGAUGACUUGGGAGCAUCCGUCCGUAGUCAGGCUGCUUGGUGGUUAGUUGAUGAGACGUUAAUUAACUGACAGCAGAAAGCAGCCCCGCUGAACCAAAAAUGGCGGCCCUGCCACUGGCCACGGCGGAGGCGUGCGACGCGAACGCGCGCAUGAUCACCAGCGGCGAGCUCCGCGCGCUGCAGCCCGUCUUCCGGAUGUACGGCGGGCGGCGGCUAUUCGCGGGCCCCGUGGUGACGGUGAAGGUGUUCGAGGACAACGUCCUGGUGCGUGGCAUCCUGGAGGAGAAGGGCGAGGGCAGGGUCCUGGUGGUCGACGGCGGCGGGAGCCUCCGCCGCGCCCUCCUGGGGGGCAACAUCGCCAUGCUGGCGCAGAACAACGGGUGGGCCGGCAUCGUCAUCAACGGCUGCGUCCGGGACGUCGACGAGAUCAACGAGUGCGACAUCGGCGUGCGGGCUCUCGGCUCGCACCCGAUGAAGUCGGACAAGAGGGGGGUGGGCGAGAAGCACGCCCCGGUCACCGUCGCCGGCGCCAGGAUCUGCGACGGCGAGUGGCUCUACGCCGACGCCGACGGCAUCCUCGUCUCCAGGACCGAGCUCAGCGUGUAGUUCCUCUCUGUGUGUACACUUACUUGUGUGUAAAAUGAUGUACGUAUGUAUGAACGGAUGAACUGGGCUCUGCACAAAACAGAGGAGGAGGGCUGUGGCUGCUUCAGAACACAGAAGCUCUGAUAUCUGAACUUGAGAUGCCAGGAGCUCUCAACUGAAGAUGUAAAUAAUGAUGGCAGGCUUGCCUUGCUUGAUCAAAUGGAGUGAACAAUGGGGAAUUGGGGACUGUAAUAAUACUUAUUGGAUGCCUUCAUUGCACUGUCAAGUUUCUGUAUUAUGCUGUGCUGAAUGAAGCUUAAUUAUUCAGAGUGAUAAGAUUGUAUGUAUACACAUGUGUUCUUGAUCAAACAAUGUGCUUAUGUUAAUUAAUCUUGACGGAGAA